AACUCCCCUAUAUUAUUACCUACUAAUUGUACAUUAUCACCUGCCGCGACCUGUAAAUGAAGUAUAGCAUUUCUAAGAAUGUUGCAUUUGCGUUAAAUCGCGCUCUCAACGAUGACAUUUGAUUCUGCCCUGCUCUAUCGCUCAACUGAAUCCCUGAUCCUCCCAUCUAAGCGACGCUUCUUCCCGUUCAAAAUCCCGAACUUUCACCAGCAACUUCGCCACUAUAUCAGUACCAGCGAUCCAGACAGGAUCUACGUUGUCGUCGACCGGGUCGUAUAUGCCAUUCAUAUAUCCUCCCAGAAACGUGAAGGCUUAGCGGUCAUCCCUUUCGAACCCAAGUGUCUUGCGGCGGGAUGCGGUUGGAUUGCAGUCGGCGGUUCUGAUAAUGGAGAAUGCGCAUUCAUCAAGCUUGACAGCAACCAUGGACGUGCGGCCGGUGCUAGAUCCAGCUCUCAAAGAUCUGACGUGGAUAGUGCGUUGCCAAUCGACCUAGAACAACGGGCCUCAAGGCUGGGUUCACGAGUCCCGUCUCCUUGGUCUGGCAACGACGAAGGCGAGACCGGAAGGACAUCAUCCCGUCUUCAAUUGCCGGAGGUGCAGCUUCACAAAUUUGGCGGCAGUAUAGUCAACUCUGUAACUAUUCAUCGGUUGCCUGGUGGUGAGGGUCUAGCAGAUGAGGAUGUCGUCGUUGUUAGCAACAAUGACAGGACCGUCACCAUAUAUUCGUUGACCCGUUCGAAGACCCUCGAGGUCAUCCACCAUCCGGCCUGCAUGAAUUUUGCAACUAUCUCCCCAGAUUGCAAAGUCCUCGCGGCAGUAGGCGACGAGAACCAUGCGUACUUCUACGAAAUCAGCCGCGAUAUGGAGAACCCUGUCAUUUUCUCUGAUAAUGUACUCACGGAAUGGAGUUGGACAUUGCUCCGUUGCCUAGAACUUCAAAUAAGCACACGCUUCGACGAUGGAUGUUGUUUUACUAUCGCAUUCUCCCCGUCGAGCCAUCUUUGUGCGGUCGGCUCUCAGUCUGGGAUCAUUAGCAUAUUUGAUGUCAGGGCAAUCCGUGAGUCCAAAGAUGAGAAACAGGAUGUGGACCCAACACUCUGUCUCUUUCGGUCGUCUAGAUCGUAUUUUGAUGGUGGUGCGGUCCGAUGUAUGACUUUCUCGCCAGCGCCAUGGGAUCUCCUUGUCUGGGUGGAGGACCAAGGCAGGGCGGGUGUCGCGGACGUUCGGCAGGCAUUUUCCCGCAGGCAGAUACUAACAUUGGACGCGAACGAGCCUGGAUUGCAGCAGGUUCAAACUGAAAAUAUCUCGCCUGCUACAGCUUCGGGGGAGCUAAGUUCCGACCCUGACAGUAGUGAUACCCCAAGGCCAGGCGAUGAAAUGGAUAACAUGCAACGUGCGAUGUUGGACCUUAUAGAAGGAUCAAGCGGCGAACGUCACACGGCAGGUUCAGAUCGCCAGGCGUUGCGUGAAAAUCUCAUUGAAGACCUAACAGAGAGGGAACGACAGAUCAUAGAGUUCCUCAAUACAGCACGCUGGUCAUCCAGACUAGAAGAAAAUCUGGGUGAGCGACCACUGAGGAUGACCCUCCAUCCUCGGUCAAGAUCGAGACCGGGAGGCCACGGUUCCACAGAUGUCGCUAACCGUUCCACAUCACCGUUGCGGUAUAGCGAUACGCUUCAAGAAUUUUUCCGCGAAAGUUAUCUAGGACGCUCAGACAAUAGUCUGCAACCCAGGCGUCAGGGUUCUGUUGUUCUGUCCCAAGGCAAUGCGGCACAGGUUGCCCAUAGCUCUGAUGCUACUACUUCAAGCGCAGAGGUACAGCCCACAAUCACUUUGAGCUGGACAGCUUCACCUUCUGAGAUCCAAGCCUCCCCGGCGGAUGCGGCUCGCGGUCCCCAGCCAACGUCGCUUACAGCAGACAGUGCUGCUGGAACCACCAAUAAUACCAGGGGAGACAGCCAGGCGCACACUACUUCCAGGUCUGGGUUAUUAACUGAUCCGCGCGAGAGAUCACAGAGAUCCAGCUCAAUACCGCGGCGAUCGGAACGAUUGGAUACAUCUGUGGAGAACAGGUUCGAGCCGUCCAGAUUGCUAACAGCAGAGUUACGGGCAAAUGUAGCUGCUGAACGUCUUCGAAGGCAGCGUCAGGUUCCUGGGGAGUCAAGUUCGAGAGCUGGCCAUUGGGAUCAGAGAUAUCGCCAGCAGUUUAUGGGGUUAGAUAACUCCAGGUCUCCAAGGUGGAUAAGGCAUAUUCUUAAUGAUCUUCCCGAUCGUAACCCGAGCAACCAAGAGCCGGGUGGUACAGCUGGUGUCGGAUGGGGAGCCGAUGGGAGAACACUAUAUGUUGCAACCGUGGAAGGGAUUUUUGAGUAUCAACUCAACGUCCAUGACCGGAAAACUUUCCCGGUCUUUUCCUAUCGUUGAGUCCGGCUCCAUUUUCUCUACGGUGUUCGUAUUCUUAAUCAUCUUUGUGGCACGGUGUUAAGCGUCUGAUGAUCAUGGGAUGGUUCUGCAUAUUAGCUUUCACAUUGUCGGGUCAUGCAUACUGCACUUGGGACAUUUCGGGCCUUUCUAUUUCCCCGGCGUACGGGCCUUCCAAUUACCUAGUUGAUUUGAUCUCUUCUUG